UCAUCCGUCACAAAUUACAAUUGAUUGUCGAACCGUUAACAUCGCAAUCGCACUAGCAUUGUUCAGCUACUUACGAACUAAACAGUGAUAAAGUGAUAAGAAGACAUCGAAAAUGAAGUAUUUCGUUGUUUCGGUCUUGAUUUGUGUUACAAUCGUGGGUGGUUGUCGAGCGAAUGUCCUUGCAACGGAUGUGAUGACCGACAUAUAUAAUACGUGUUUGAGUAAAUUUUCUGUGACCUGUGUGAAACCAAAAUCGUUAGCGUGGUUAAGUGAGGCUGUGAAAAGUGACGACAUUAGGGUAACGGAAAAUUUGAGUAUUGUGCGAAACGGCAAUCCCAGUGUUAAUGUGCAACAACAACCGCGACAUGGUAAUGCUCAGAUUGCCAUUUUAGAAGAAGUUGAAAACUUUUUGGCUACACAUUCGGUCAGAGUGAACGCACCCAGUUUCAUUACUGAUGGUUCAGUAAGGUCAUUCUUACCCGAUACCAUUGAAACAAAUGAUUUGUCUCAGACUAUCGAAAUGCCAUUGUCUGACGGUCAAGGGGAAGGUCGUGGAUUCGUUAAGAAGGUUAUGAUUCCAUUCUUACUCGGAUUAAAAUUCAAGACGACGGUUCUAGUUCCACUUGCAUUCGCUCUAAUCGCUUUGAAAACAUGGAAAGCACUUACUCUCGGACUUUUAUCGAUGGUCCUUUCAGCUGCAAUGCUAAUCUUCAAGUUUGCUAAGCCAAAGGUAAUCAACUACGAAGUUGUUCACUAUCCACCACAUCACGUUGAACAUCACAUCGAUCAUCACUUGGACCAUCACUUGGACCAUCAUUUGGACCAUGUUCAUCCACCACAUAUUGAACACCCACCACCCGGCUGGGAACCACAUGGUUGGGCCCGUCAAGCUGAUGCACAAAAUUUAGCAUUUGCUGGUCAAUUGUAAUAUUUGUAACGACCUAUCUGACCUUUUACUAUGCAACGUUGUAAUUUAUUUAAUUUAUUUGUUCGCUCGAUUUGUAAGAAAUGAUCGAAAUAAAAUGUUUAUCAAUUUUUGAGUU